AGGAGAAGAAGAAAGCUGGUAUGGGUUUACCCUUUAAUCCUUGUUUAUUCCUUCUGUUUCCCUUAAUUCUCUUAUUAUACUUUGCUCAUGGAGAAGAUGAGUUGCCAUGUAUGAAGGAAUUCCCCUGUGGAAGUGUGGGUCCUCUGGUGUUCCCUUUUGCUCCACACACGCACCCUCAUUGUGGUUUAAUUAUGGUGGAUUGUGAGGCUAAACCACUUCCAUAUAUCCAGUUGGAAACGGGGGGAGAUUGGUAUCAGCUUCUGAGUAAUGACUUGGGUCCCAAUACUAUAUUCCUUGAAGACUCGAAGCUUCAGGGACUCCUUGAUAGCGGUAAUUACUCAAAUUUAACCUACACCCUCCAAUUUCGUAAUCCUCAGUCUAUCACAUUCAACAAUUUCGAAGCAAGCCCCCUUUUGGAAUGCAUUCACAGUCCAGCUGAUGAUAUCGACAAUUAUGAAAGGCGCAACUGUACUGAAGGAUUUAGUUUUAUUUUGAAGUAUAAAAGUGAAUUGGUUCCAGAGAACCCCAAAUGUGAUACUGCGGCUAACUGUACCCUGUAUCCAACUUCAAUUCUUGUCCAACAAACAAAUGCUCUGUUAACCCCUCAUUUCGGACUACACUUAGAAGUCUCACCUGCGUGCUAUAAUUGUUACUAUAGAGGGAUAUGUGGAGCAGACAGAAACUAUGAACUUCAAUGUGCAAAAGAUGAGCUGCCAUCCAAUUGUGCGGAGGAAUUCCUGUGUGGAAGUAUGGGUUAUCUGGAGUUCCCUUUUGCUCCACACACGCACCCUCAUUGUGGUUUGAUUUUGGUGGAUUGUGAUGCUAAACCAUUUCCAACACUCCAGUUGGAAACGGGGGGAGAUUCAUAUCAACUUCAGCUUGUGAAACCACCUCAUGUCUUGGGUGAGUGGGGUGAGUAUGUGAUCUUCCUUGGAGACGUAAAGCUUCAGAAACUCCUUAACCCUAAGUACCCUAAUUACUCAAAUUUAAACUACACCCUCCAAUUCCCCUAUUCUCCUUCUAUCACCUUCCACAAUUUUGAAGCAAAGGGAUUGAACCUCCCCUUUUUGAAAUGCAAUUAUAAUCAAGCUGAUGAUAUGGGCAAUUAUGAAAGGUAUAACUGUACUCAAGAAUUUAGUUUCACUUUGAACUAUAAACAUCCCUUGUCUCCACAGAAUCCCAAAUUUGAAGCUCCUAAUUAUACCCUGUAUCCAACUCCAAUCCUUGUUAAACAAACAAAUUCUGUGUUAGCUUCUCAAUUUGGACUGGAAUUCCAAGUCUCACCUGCGUGCUAUGACUGUUAUUACUUUGGAGGAGGGCAAUGUACAACAGACAGCAAAAAUAAAUUUCAUUGUAAAAAAGGAAACUCAAGAAAGAGAAAGCUGAGAAUAGUUAUAGUGACAGGCGGAGCAGCACUGGUCCUUGCAUUCAUGUUCAUCCUACUACUCUUUAUUAAAAAGAAAUUGUCAUUUUGUUCUAAAAGAAAGUAUCAAGAGGCACCAGAGUUUUUAAACCGCCAUGGCCCCCUUGCCCUUAAAAGAUUUAGUUAUUCAGAAGUAAAGAAGAUCACAACUUCUUUCAAGGAUGAACUUGGUCAAGGAGGUUUUGGCUCUGUAUAUAAAGGAAAGUUGCGCAAUGGAAGCCUUGUGGCAGUAAAGGUUUUGAAGGAACUAAGACCUAAUGGAGAAGAAUUCAUCAAUGAGGUGGCAAGUAUUGGUAGGACUUCUCAUGUCAAUAUUGUGAGUCUAAUUGGAUUUUGCAUUGAAGGUAGAAAAAGAGCUCUUGUUUAUGAGUUCAUGCCUAAUGGAUCCCUUGAGAAAUUCAUUUAUAACAAUAAUCCUUUGACCCGUUGUCAAUUAGGAUGGAACAUGUUAUAUAAAAUUUCAAUAGGCAUAGCUCGUGGGUUAGAGUACUUACAUCGUGGUUGCAGCACUCGAAUUCUACACUUGGAUAUAAAACCUCAUAACAUUCUUCUAGAUGAAGACUUUUUCCCCAAAAUUUCAGAUUUUGGUCUUGCAAAGCUAUGCACCAAAAAGGAGAGCAUCGUGUCAAUCUUUGGUGCGCGCGGAACUAUUGGAUAUAUUGCUCCAGAACUUGUUUGCAAAAACAUCGGAGGAGUUUCUCACAAGUCUGAUGUUUAUAGUUAUGGGAUGAUGGUUCUUGAGAUGGUUGGAGGAAGAAGAAACGUUGAUGUUGGAGUUAGCCGCAACAGUAAAAUAUACUUUCCACAUUGGAUUUACUCACGGCUUGUGUUAGAUGAUGAGCUUGGAUUGAAUGGAGUAAUGAAUGAAGAGGAUAAUGAGUGUGCAAGAAAGAUGGUAAUAGUUAGUUUGUGGUGCAUACAAACUGAUCCAUCAACUAGACCAUCAAUGUCAAAGGUUGUGGAGAUGUUAGAAGGUAACCUAGAAAAUUUACAAACCCCUCCUCAACCUUACCUCUAUUCUCCUGCAAGAUCCGAGGAACAACAUUCAUCCGUUGUUUCUAUAAGCUAGUACUUAAUAUUUGGGUGCACUAUAUAUAGUAGUGUUCUUCAUGCACCACAUUUUAGUUUUAUUGAUGUAUUAUAUAUAGUCUAGUGAAGUAUGGUUCAAAGGACUUACAAUAAUGUAGUGCAUGAAGAUAAGAGUUGAAAGAACA